AUGACGACUGUCCUCGACCUUGCACUUGUGCCCCGCAUCGAGUAUCCCUACUACUAUCGCCAAUCGGCUUCGUCAGGCACAAUUGACGAGUUUCUUGCGGAACAUGUUCCCUCGAAUACCCCGGAGGUCACGACGAUAGGCGGCGCAAGAGUUGAGACGCCUUGGAUCUACGUCACGACUGACAAGCAAGAAAAGUCGAUAGAAGGAGCCAAAGACUUUGACGAACUCAUCGAGCCUGCCACUGCUAUUCUGAACGAUCUCGCGAAGGAGAUUGCUGCAAUCGAUGAUGAUCCACAAAUCCCCAUUCGAGGCAGAAAGGGUGUGCUGAGCAAAAAGCAAGCGCGAGAGUCGAAACAUCCCCAGGCGAUUGCCGAAUUCAGAAAGCUUGCCGAGGAAUCGCACUAUACGUCUGGCUCUUGGCUCUACUUUAUUCCAGACCUCAAACGAGGCGAUGAAGCUUUCCUAAGGAUCAGCAAAGCCCUCUGCGACGAGGAUGGCGCGUUGAGAAAGACUGCUGCCAAUGCCUGCAAGAUUACGACUGGAUCGCCAGAGAUGGCACGAAUCAUCCUCUACAUUCCCGAUUCGUGGGAUAGAGAAGCUGCACGAGAGGUCUGCAGAGUGUCGUGUACUGAGCUCGGCUUGACGCCAUCGGCCUUCAAGCCAGACAUCUACAAGGCCGCUGGUCUGGACUCGAAGCAUCCUUCCAAGCUGAAAGCUUCCAUCUACGUCCCUGGCGAUUUCCUCUCGAAAGACGAGCUCGCAGAGAUUGCGAACAAGCGUCAGGCUGCACUCGACGCUAUGAAAGCCCAGCCGAAGCGAAAGACGCUAGCAGAAGAAGAAGCGGCGAAUCCUUUCGAAGAAUCUGACGAUGAAGACAAUCCGCCCAAGAAAGCAAAACAGUAG